AUGACCUCGCGAAAAGAACCCGCAUCCAGCAACUCUGAUAAUGAAGCCGCCGACACUGGCACGAAGCGCAAAGCCUCGGAAGCAUCGCCGCCCACCCAUGACCAGGAUGAUGAACCCGACACCAAAAAGCCCAAGACGGAGGAUCCAAAAUCAUCUGUAGACUGGCUCCUAAGCGACGAAGCCUUCUCCCUCGCCUUCCCCUCCCUCCCACAAGGCCACGGCGAAAUCGACUGGGACGAAGGCCAACAUCGCAAGGAUCCUCCCCCUAAGGACGCCGGGAAGAAAGUCAACACCGCAAAGGUUUCAAAGCCCUCAAAGGGCACAAACAACGACGACAGCCAUAAUGGCGAUGAUGGCGAAGGACCCCGCCUAACCUACCCAGACUCCACCCUAACCCCCUUCCAAAACCUUGUCGCCGCCCUCCUCCUAAGCAAACCCAUCUCCCACCGCCUCGGCCUCCGCACCAUCAAGACGCUGCUCAACCCGCCCUUUGGCCUGCGCACGCCGCGGGAUCUCGACGAAGCUGGGUUUGAGGGGCGGAGGAAGGUGAUGUGGGAGGCGAGGACGCAGCACAAGGAGAAGACUGCCGUGCAGUUGGGGGAUUUGGUUGAGGGGGUGAGGAAGAUUUGCGGUGGGGUGGGUGACGAUGAUGAGAAGGAGGGGGGUAAGAAGGAAGACGGCAAAGACGAGGAAGACGAGCGGAAUAUUGAGAAGAUGACUGCGUUGAGGGAGAUGGUCAAGGGGAUGAAGACAGAGGAGGCGCAGAGGAAGGUUGAGAAGGUGUUGACUGAUGGGAUUAAAGGCGUUGGACCGACUGGCGCUGGGAUCUUUUUGAGGAGAGUACAGGAGGAAUGGGAGGAGGUGUUUCCGUAUGCUGAUCAGAGAGCUCUUGAAGCUGCUGUCAAGUUUGGAGUCAUUCAGGAGGGUGACGGUGCGAAAGAGUUGGCGGAUGUGGUUGAGGGGGAUCGGGGGAAGUUUGUGAGGAUGCUGGAUGUGCUUGUUGGGAUUCAACUUGAAAAGAAGAUGGACGAGGCGCUGAAGAUGGCGAGAGGUGACGGGGAAUAG